GUUUAGUGUAUAAGUAACAAUUGAUACGUGUGUUAUGAUUUGCAUGACUAUUAGUUAAGUUUACCGUUUUAUUGUAUUCGAUUAACUAUACAUACAUGUAAAAAACGAUUAUAAAUGAAUAAGUGAAUAUAGUACAAUUUAGUAAACAGGGUAUUGGUGAGCAUACCAUUAUGAUAAAAUUCAUAAAAAUAUUGAUAAUUACAUUUUAUUUCGGCGUUGAUGUGUUGUAUUUAAAACCAGUGGAAGGUGAUCGAAUUUUGGCCAUUUCAACAAUAGGUGGGAAGAGCCAUUGGAAUUUUAUGGAAGGAAUACUUCGAGCAUUAACAGAACAUGGUCAUAAAGUAACAGUUAUGACACCUUUUCCCAGUGGCCACAGAGAAAAUUACACGGAGAUAGAUGUAUCCAACGAAACGUUCUCAAUGUUACGGUUGGAUAUUGAAUUGGUGCAUAAACACCUUACUUCAUACUUCCAUACAAUACAUUAUGCUAAUAUAUAUAGUCGAAAAACUUGUAAGAUAUUAUAUGAAAAUGAGUUCAUUAAGAACAUACUGACCGAUUCUAGAUCAGAUUUUGAUGCCAUCUUCAUUGAGUUAAUGGCAUCAGAAUGCAUUUCAUAUUUAUCGGUUAAACUAGACAUACCAUUAAUAUAUGUCACACCACCGCCUCUGAUAUCGUACUUAGAACGUUCUGUCUUAGGACAUUAUCCAAACCCAGCUGUUGUAUCUCAUGUAUUAGCUAAUCACAGCAUUCCCAGAACAAUGUUUGAACGGUUUACAAACACGGUGUUAUUUUUUUAUACAUUAUUUUUGCUUCAAUACAAAAGUUGGACCGCAAGAAUAGCCAGUAAAGAGUCUUUUGAUCAAAUCGAACCUAUUAAACCCUCCAUAAUAUUUAGCAACGCACAUUUCAUAACCGAUGCUCCAAGACCUAUACCACCAAGUGUGAUUCAAGUCGGUGGUAUUCAUCUGAGUCCACCAAAAAAAAUACCUGACGAUAUUUUAGAAUUCAUAGAAAACUCACCACAUGGAGUCAUUUAUUUUACAUUAGGAUCUGUCGUGGCAGUAUCCUCGCUACCGGAAAAUAUUAGAAACGACAUUAUACAAGUAUUGAGUCAAGUUCCUCAGAGAGUGUUAUUAAAAUAUGAAGAUGAAAUGGUCGAUAAACCAGAGAAUAUCAUGGUAAAAAAAUGGUUUCCUCAACGAGAUAUACUUGUGCAUCCUAAUGUAAAAUUAUUUAUUAGUCACGGAGGAAUAUCUGGAGUGUAUGAGGCAGUGGAUGCCGGUGUUCCGGUUCUCGGAUUUCCUUUGUUUUUUGAUCAAUCUAGAAAUUUAAGAAAUUUAGUAGACGCAGGAAUGGCAAUUUCAAUGAACCUUGAUUCUGUGACUAAGGAUACAUUUAUGAAGGCUAUUUUAGAACUCGUUAAGAAUAAAAAAUACAUACAGAACGCUAAAAUUGCUUCUGAUCGUUUCAAAGACCGUCCACUGACACCGUCGAAAGCAGUUGAUUAUUGGACGAGAUACGUUAUUCGCCACAAAGGUGCUCCUCACUUAAAAUCUCAGGCGCUCAAUUUGAAAUGGUAUCAAUAUUUUUUACUGGACGUCAUUGCUGUUGUCAUAUUGGUUAUUUUAUUAUUUUAUUAUGCUAUUUAUAAGACAUUUAUAUUUAUAAAAAAAAUUACGUUUGCAUCAUGGACCAAAUCGAAAUCAAAAUCUGAGUGAUCAUUUUUUUUACUAAAUUGUAUUAAUUUAAUAAAAUAUUAAAUAUUUUAAGUUUCUA